AUGAAUCCCCGAACCGAAGCCUCAGCCAACUCAUUGAAGGAGGACAACCGCUGGUGCCUACGAUGCCUCGGUUUCUACACUGGUGUCUAUCCCAGGAAGCAAAAGCCGGUCGCGAACUACUAUUGCAAAAGAAACCUUAUGAAAUGCGCAAGAUGUGCCGAAGAUAAGGACAUGCGCUGUCUCAUGAUUCAGAAGGAGCAGUGGCCCCAAACUCUGGAGAUCAUUGAGAAGACCAGGCAAAUCAUUUUGGCAGAACAGGCUGAGGGCGAGAGCGAGAAGUCCGCCGGGGACCGAAAAGCCAUUAAAGACCUAUAUCGAUAUGUUGAAAGAGUGACCAGGGCUUACCACAACACACAACUGCAAGACGAUCAUCAAUCAGCGGCUUCCGAUGAGGACACUCCAAUGGCCUACAACACGGCGUCUGACGAUGAAGUGAUGGGCGAGAUUCAGUGCGCCCCGAGCUUUGCAGGACCAAGUCGGAGCGGCCGUUCCUCCAACACAGCUGGCCUAAGGGUCUCGAAGGUAUUGGUUGAUAUCAAAAGAAUCGACGAGGAAAAGACAGAAGCCUCGCGCCGUCUGGGAAGAGAAGUCUGGAUUGCGGCAUGGGACCCGCAAGCAAUCGGGCCUUCGGACCAAUUUCUUCGGCUUGUGGUUGAUGAGCUGCACCGUGACGCUCGUCAGGGCGAUGCUCGGCACGGUAUCUCUGACGCUUUCAAGGCUGUUGACAACGCUCACGAUGCCCGGGAGGACGCCUUCCGCCGGCUAGGAGACCUGGCUCUCGCCAUCAUGGCGACCAGCUCCACGCCUGAGGGCAGGGGCUCGUCGGGAUCGGGCCGAGCCUCCAAUUCUCGUCGUUGA